AUGGAAAACGUCGAAUAUUUUCAUGAGAAGCUUCUCCUGCCCGACGAAGAGUUCGCGCUUCUUGAAGCGGCAGUCGCGGCCGCGGAGCGGGAAGCGGCGGCGCGGAAAGCUGCGCGAGCGGUUAGCUCCGCGGAGGUAGUGGCGGAACACCCACGGCUGGACGGGAUGGCGGAGGCAGGGGGGGAAUCCGCGCGCGAGAGGAACAAUGCGCGGGGGCGCGGGGACAGGAUCGAGUCCGCGGAAAGCAGCGCGGAUGCGUCACGACGGCUGGUGUCUCCAGAGUCAGCUCAGAAGUCGCUUUACGCAUGGAUGCGACCAGAGGCGCUUUUUGAGGCGCCUCGAAAUUCCGAGGCGCCUUUUCAGGCUCCUCAAAUGGCGGAGCCUGUGACAAGGAGGUCGCUUUUUCCGGACAUUGAGGACGUGGCGAGUCGCGAUGCGCUGCCCGCGGAUUGGACACGUGGCGUUGCUGGAGGCGCAGGCGCUGAUGGGUGUGCGGGGGAGCGCGAGGCAGGAAUGGAGGCUCGGGGAAUAAGCUCAGAGGCUCGGGGAACGGAUUCAGAGGAGAGGGGCGCGGAAGUAGAGGCGCGGGAAGCCAGAGAAGGGGCGAUGGAGGAGUGGUGUGAGCAGCGGGUCAUCUUCUCUCUCGCCCGCGGCCGCCCCCCGCCAACAGCAGCGAUGAGGGCGGGCGCGGAGAGGCACGCAGCGCUGGAGCGGGAGGUGGUGGAGACAGUAGAGGUGGCCGUGGAAACCAGGGAGGACGCGUGGGCGCUCAGACUGCUGGGGGGCGCUGCUAGAGUGCUCGUCCUGGGGGAGGAUAUGAGGGAGGCGAUGGGGGGUGCCAUGGGGAGGGAGGAUGGAGGAGUGGGGCCCUUUGGUGGUGAUGCUGCCGGCAUAACGCGAGAAGUCUUUGUGUUGGGCAGGGUGCAUGGUGUGUGGGUGGUGGGCGUGAUUGAUGAGCUGCGACUCUCGUCCGAUGUGUCCAUGCAGCACGCAUCACAACCUGAUUCCACUAGAAACCCUGGCAGGGAUGGGGCCCUUAAGGAAGGUGGUGGGGGAGGCAGGCAGGGCAGUGGGGAGGUUGGCAGGGAGGGAGGCAUGGAGGGAGGCAUGGAGGGAGGCAUGGAGGGAGGCAUGGAGGGAGGCAUGGAGGGAGGCAUGGAGGGAGGCAUGGAGGGAGGCAUGGAGGGAGGCAUGGAGGGAGGCGGAGAGCACGGGGGCGGGUGGCAUGUGAUGGUGGUGGACACCAAGACCCGCGUGCGGCCCCGCCCACCGAGAGCAGCGCAGAGCAGGAAUGCCAGGUGGGGGGAGAACACAGGUCGCCCUCAUCCCUCGCUAGGUGGGCUCGCUCGCACACAUGCUCCUGAAUGUUUUCUGUAUUGCUCCUUCUUUGCUUGCUCCUGGCUGCACCUCAUGUGGGACACAACUCCUCCUCUGCCUUCCGCCCUCUUUCUCGUGCAGCCUUCACCUCGUGUGCUACAGCCGCCCUCCCCCCUCCUUCUUUCUCAUCCCCUUUCUCCCCGGUGCAGGCUACAGCUCAUGUGCUACAGUGCGCUGCUGAGCAGCAUGAUUCAGCACGGCGUGCCGCAGGAGCCAUUCUUCUCCUCCUUCCGCCUCCACCCCCACACCACCCUCUCUCCCCAAGUCCUCGGACAUGCUGCUGAGAUCACUUGCCUUGCUGACUUCACGGCCGCAGUCUCUCACGCCUUCCAGUCACUGCAGCCGCUGCACUCCACCCUGCUUCUACG